UAUCAACCAUAACUUUUUUAAAUGCCAAAACCAAAUAUUCAUUUUUAAUAGACUAAUAUUGGCAAGUGAAAUAAUGGAAAUUAGUGAUCCCUCCCGCCGCCAGUUGUGUGAUUUGCUCAAAAACAAAAAGUGUUAUAAUGCAUUAUAUAAAUACAUCAAAAAUACCGUGGGGAAGAUUUAAGAAAACAAGUGAAACGAUAGAAUAACAUGUGAAUUAGUGACCGUAAAUAAGACUUGGCUUAAAGGUCUCGUUACCAGGCCAUAAAAUUAUUAAAAAAAAAAAAAGUCUGUGAACUGAACCACCGCCCUUGUUCUUACUGGUUUUUUGUAACUUUAUAAACAAAAAAUAUAACGCAUUUAAAAUAUCGUCACUUUCCAUCUAAAAAUCAAAAAAAUUGCAUCUUAUUUUAUUUUUAGUUGAGCUACCCUUUCGAGAGAACUUCGUUGUCUAUUAUUAUUUGGAAAUUAAGUUACAUCGACGCGAUUUAUAAAGAGUUAUUUGGUUUUAAUAAAAACCGCCUGAAAUGGUUAAUUUAAGUUCUAUAUUGAUGCUAACUCUUAUACAAUUGUAUAUCUUUGUUAGUACAGUAAACUCGUUAGAAUGUUACGUUUGCGAAAACCAAGAAGACAACUCCGAGAAAUGUGCUAAAACUAUUUUGACCUGUGAAUAUAAUCAAGAUGUUUGUUUGACUGAGAUUAAAUGGGGCAGUACACCUUAUUGGUCUCAAGGUGCUAAAAAGCAAUAUUAUGUGUCUAAGAGAUGUUCCAAUAAAACAGAAUGUGCUAUGACAAGACAGCGCUAUAUGCCUUUGUGCACUAACAUUUGGUACCAAGACUGGGUAUGUUCAGAUUGUUGCCAAGGAGAUCGUUGUAAUUAUUAUAUUAUUAAUGAUGGGUCAAGUAAGAAACCCUACCAUACUGUGGUACUUUUUGGAGUACUUUUUACCAGUAUUUAUGGUAUCAGCAAAUAUUAGGGAUAUGCAUUUUUUAUAUUAUGAGCAUUUCUUUUGCUCAUAAUAUGAAAUUAUUUAUGUUUCACUAUAAUGACAACUAAUUAGAACAGUGAUGUCUUCACAAUGAUGAAUAUCACUUGCAUACUGAUAUAAUUUGCGCAAGAUAUUGUUGUGGUAAAGUAAAGUUUUUGACCAACACAGUCAGCACUGUGCAUCUGAGUACUCUUGGCUGUAUACCCACUGAAGUUAUAGCUAAGCAAUGCUUAAUUUUAUGUUUUUGUAAGCAAUUCCGUCCCAAUAUUUUUAUUAAUGAUGUAUAUCAUUUUAACUUUAUUUUUGUUUUACAUUUUAUUAAAUAAAUAAAUUAUUCAUAAGAUAACAGAGAUAAGUCUAAGUUAGCCUUAGGUCAUUCGGUAAUUCUGUUAUGUUCUUUUGUAAUAAGAUAAUUGUCUAAAAUAACUAAAUGACUGUUACCUCCGUCCUUUUUUACUAUUGAUAUAAGAGUGAAAUAUAUUUUUUUAAUUCUU